CAGAAACAUUUCUGGAAAUUUCUAUAAACGUAUCCUACUCUAAACUUAACUCAAAAUGGGACAAGACUUUUUCCCGAAACACUACUUCUACGGGGUUAUCAUCUCCAUAUUAGUGAUAACCCAGGCCACCUGUUACAAAAUCUUUAACGGUCACGAAAACUUGGACAUAAGCGAUGGAGAGGGAGCGAUUUAUGAUUGUGUCCGACUCUGCGCUUAUCUUUUGGUGGCAAUCUUAACCGUUCUGCUUUACCUGGCGGUCUGCGCUUAUCAGGUGUGCACGGUUGGGCUGGAAGAUGGCGGCUGGUUGGGCAAGGAAGAAUCCAAUUCCUCAAUUAAACGUUCCAAAGCUACUCAACUACACGACAAGGUACAAAAUAAUGCCAAUUCAUUAUCGACUUUUAAAAUUUCGAAGAGCGGAAAGACGGAUUUCGAAAAUCGUAAAUGUCAAAUAACGUUAAGAAUUCGUUUCCGCGAGGGAGCGCCAACCACGGCGGAGGUACUUGACGAGGGACUUGGACUUAUCGGUGAACAGUUUGGAGAUUCGAGUUCAGCAGAAAGUGUGGACUCAGACAAUUCUUCCCAGGCUGCGACAGACCAGGUAUUUUAUCCCCCAGAAAAACCUACAAAUCGGACAGAACCAUUUAUGAAAAGUUCGAGACCCAGGGAGCAAUUUGCAUGCAUAUUUUGCAACAGGAGGUUUACAAAUGGUUAUAAUUUAUCGAUCCACGAGGAGACCCAUACAAAUGAGAAGCCAUUCUCGUGCGAUAUUUGUGGAGAGAUGUUCCGGAGAAAGGAGGAGUUGAGGGGUCAUAGGUAUAGAUACGUCCACCGCAAGGAUAAACCCUUCAAGUGUACCGGAUGCGGAAAGAGCUUCUCUCACUCUCGAACGCUGGCCGUGCACAAAGUUAUUCACAGACAAGAGAGCCAAACCACCCCAACUGUUCCACAAACCAUGUUUCCAUAUUGAGCGAGAAAGUGAGAAAAACUCGGAUUCAGGUGGGAUCCACCACCAUCGCGCAACAGUGCCGUAUCCGUCUCACUUUCUCUUUCACAAAAACCAUGCAGGAUUAAUUAAAUUUUUGCUUAUCAAAAUCGUUUAAUUUUUGUCAUUAUUAAUUCACAUACACAUGUUUUAAUUUCGGACGAUAAGGAUAAACGAAAUUUGCUUAUCUGAAAAAUUGAUAAGCAUAAAGAUAAGCCCCGUAGCGUUAAUUUUCGGGUGGAUAUCGUAAUUAUAAAUCCAGAAGGGUUUAGUUUUAAAUUUUGGGCUAUUUGAAUAAGCGGAAUUUGCUUAUUUGAAAAAUUGACAAGUACAGUGACAAGCCCCUUGGCAUUAAUUUUCUACUGGAUAUUAUUAUUAUUAAUUUCGAUAAGCUAAAGUUUUUAAUUUGGGGGGAUUAGAUAGUUAAAAUAUCCCAAAUUUUAAGUUCGGUAACUAGUAGCAAGGGUUUGUUACGGUUCUUGCGUGUUUAAUUCUUUAUCUGAGGCUACAUAUGUAACUAUCGUGGUUUGGUCAAAAUCGGAGCGCAACCGCUGGCGUCAUCGCAUUGUUAGAUACCUUGGUACUUGGUACAUUGACAUUUAAAGAAUUUUAUUCAAAACUUGAGCAAUAAUAUCCUUAAUUCUACCGCUAUUCUACCGCUUCGCUAAUAAUUUAUCACCCAAGGGUAGUAUCUGCUCACCCCCAAUGUCAACGCUCUGGUGAUAAAAUAUUGCCGAGAUCUGAGCCAAUUUGCUACCCUAAGGAGACAACUUGUUACUAUAACCCUCGAAUUGCAUAGUAACUCCGCGGGUGACAAUCGUAUCAACAAAUUAUUGAGAGGGUAAUUUGACAGGUCUCACAAUGCCCUUAUAGAUAACUCCAAAUCAUAUUUGGACCCACCCCACGAUAGGGGGUGUGGUCAAAGUACAAAUUUGAAAUUUUUGUUCAAAUUCAGUCCAGAAAUUGUUUUCACCGAAUGAUAAUAUUCCAUAGUUUUACGAAAUAUUGUUAAACAACUGCGUACACAUUAAGAUAGUCUAAUGUACAGAUACUUUUAAUAUGUACAAUUAGGGCUAAUUGAACUCAAGUUUAAUCAAAAUUAAAGGGGUUACAUAUGAAAUAUUCUGUUGGGGUAUGUUUACUAAAAUGUAGCAGAUGUAUUUCGAAAUUGCUCCAGAGGUUUCUUUAAUUCAAGAUUAUUGAUUG